CACGGUUCCACCCCACAAGCUUGGCCGUGGAAUCACUCAAUGAAGAUGUUGCUGCUUGCUUUCUGCGCGAAUUGCAUUGUGGGGGAUUUGGGAGGGGGGACCGGAGUAUCACUCGCUGCUUCAUGCACAGAAAGGCCCCAUAAAAUGAACCCUAAUCAUGAUUAGUGGGGAAGCCAUCAUGCAGAAAGUGAAUCAUCCAUCAUCUGCAGGACUCAUCGCUUUUUGGAUCAACGUUACAUUGCCUACCCUUAUAAGAUUAGGCCUCUCCUUGCUAAAAUUCAACAACACAAUGGAUCGCAAUUUGAAGAAUGCUGUGAUUGCAUUUCUGACUCCUCUACCUUCCAUACUCUUCUAUCUCUACUUCCUCAACCACUCCUAUGAUGGUGAUGCUAAUGCUAAUGCCCUCUCUCCUUUGUGGAAAUGGUGCUUUGAUCACCCUCUCCUCCUAGCCAACGCACUGUUCUUCCUCAACGUCAAUGUCCUCUUCUGGGUCAUCAGUCACUUACUAUCAAGCUUCUGGAUGAUAGAUUUAUACUGGACUGUGAUCCCGGUACUGCUACUGUACUACUAUGCAGCACACCCGUUGGCCCAGUAUGAUUUGUGGAGGUCAAGAAUUGUGACGGUCCUGACAUGGGUGUGGAGUAUCAGGCUCACCCAUAACUACUUUAGGCGUGAAAAGUGGCAGUGGGGUGCCAGGGAGGACUGGAGAUUCACUGAUAUGCGCAUCCAGUACGGCAACCACUGGUGGUGGGCAUCCUUCUUUGCCGUAUAUGCCUCUCAGCAGGUGUUUCUCAUUGGAAUAUGUCUCCCAAUGUAUAUUGUACACUCGGUUGAUAAGCCAGUGAAUAUCUGGGAUUUUGUUGCCAUUGUUGUUUGUAUUAGUGGCAUUGUGAUAGCAUACUAUGCUGAUACUCAACUCCACGAAUUUGUGACCAAGAACGAGAAGCUCAAAGAGCUAGGACUGCCCAUGGUGCUCAAUCUUGAGAGGGGUUUGUGGUGUUACUCUCGACAUCCAAACUACUUUGGGGAACAGUUGUGGUGGUGGGGUUUGGCUAUAUUUGCAUGGAACCUGGGGCAUGGUUGGGCCUUUAUUGGUGCCCUUAUAAAUAGUAUGUGUUUAGCAUAUGUGACUUUGCUUGUGGAACAACGGAUGCUGAAGCGAGAGUCCAGAGCUGAAGCUUACAGACUGUACCAGAAGACCACAUCAGUUUGGGUACCAUGGUUCAAGUCGUCUGCCAUAGCAGCAAAAGUUAAGGAAACUUGAUCUGGUAUUUGUCUAACUACUAGUCUGCUACUAGAUUGUUACUUUAUAGUUGGUUGUUAUCUUGUAUGUGUUACUGGUAUUACUGUCCAGUAGGUCCAGCAUUAGUUCAUGUGAUCUGUUUUCUUUUCUUUUUUUUUUUGGAGAAAACAAAUAAAUGUUACCUUUAUGUGGCAAAAUAGCUCACUUUUUGAAUUUGUUGGAA